AUGACAGGAACGGCGGAAUCGUAUUGCGCCAACUUCAUCGCCAACUUGGAGGGAUGGAAGGGCAUCGAGCUCCCUAAGGACGAUGGGUUACUGGCGACCCUGGAAGCCCUCGAUAGACGCAUGAGAGCGCUCGAGGCCAUGGACAGAAUCACGCCGCCGCCACCGAUGCUCGAGCCGUCGUGGGACUCGCUCACAUGGCGCGUUUGCCGUCUGGCAAACCGAUGGCCCGGCCGCCCGAUAAACACGGUCACGCCUCCGUUCAUUCAGCCCUCGCUGCCACUCCUCAAGAGCGCGAUCGCGGGUAUUGUCGGUCCUAAGCCUAUGUCGUGGCCCGAGAAGGAGGACCUGGAGGAGAAGGAGGUGAUCAGCCGGGCAACGCAGUGGCUUUGUCACACGGCCGGAGGUCGGGUCAUCAAAGCCUGUACCUCGUUUAAUCUCGCCGGCGCCUGCGCACUAGCCCUGGACCUGUCGCUCGAGGUCGAGGCCAGGCCUGGAAUGCCGCUUGUCCGUCGACCACCCGGCCCCGUUGGCCCGCCUAUCCGUCCGCCGAUCAUCAAGGGACCGAAGAAAAGCUGCUGUGGCUGCUGCGUCUGCUCCUGUCAUGGCAAGGAGCAGAAGAAGACCGAUUCCAAGCGCGUUUCCGCCUGGUUGACGGGUAAUAGCAAGUCGAAGAAAUCCCACGGGAGUUGCGGAAGCUCGCGAGUGGCGGGCUGGUUCAAGAAGCUGGCGUUUUGGCGACGCACAAGCCGGUGUUACGACACUGACAGCGACAGCGGCAGCGAAAUAUCUUCGCUGUCUUCGGCUACCAUGAUUGUGUAG